GAUGUUUAUAACAUCAGUACAGUGAUCAUCACUACUCAUGCCAGCUAUUUGGAUCAAGCCAACGGAGCCGAGAUUCGUGUUGGAAACUCACUGGAAAACAACGGAAACAACAACCCUGUAUGUGCUGUAACUUCUGGUCUGCAAGCUGGUCACACCCUCAGUUACUCAUGUAGUGGGAUGUUGGGACGUUAUGUGAAUGUGUUCAUGCCUGGACGUACAACUCAUCUGUCUCUGUGUGAGGUGGAGGUGUAUGGAACAGAGAAUUUAGCAUCUAAAGGAACAGUCACACAGUCAUCCACAGCUCACAUUAAUGUAGCUGAAAAAGCCAAAGAUGGUUUAAGAUAUGAUGGAGUGACAUGCACUGCUACUAAUAUAGAAAGUAACCCAUGGUGGAGGUUGGAUCUUCUCCAUGUUUAUGACAUUAGUACAGUGAUCAUCACUACUAGAUCAGACUGCUGUUCUUCUGAAACCAACGGAGUGGAGAUUCGUAUUGGAAACUCAUUGGAUAACAACGGAGCCAACAAUUUGAGAUGUGCUAUAGCUUCAAGUUUUCAAGUUGGUCACACCCUCAGUUACUCAUGUCAUGGGAUGUCGGGACGUUAUGUGAAUGUGGUCAUGACUGGACAGACAAAUCGUCUCAGUCUGUGUGAGGUGGAGGUGUAUGGAACAGAGAAUUUAGCAUUUAAGGGAACAGCCACACAGACAUCAACAUAUCUCACCUGGAUAGCUCAAUAUGCUGUAGAUGGUGUAAGAUAUGGUGCAGUUGAAGCAGAACACUGCUCUUCUACAUCAUCUGAGGGUAACCCAUGGUGGAGGUUAGAUCUUCAGGAUUAUUAUGAGAUUGAUACAGUAAUCAUCGCUCCUAAACCAUCCUGCUGUCCUGAAGUUACCAAUGGAGCAGAGAUUUGUGUCGGAAACUCACUGGUCAACAAUGGAAACAACAAUCCUAUGUAA